GGGCCAGGGAAAUGGGGACGAAACAAUAGCUGAUCGAAGUACCAUGAAAUUUAAGGUUUUCUGCCGAUUCUAAUCUGGCGCGGAUGCAGAUGCGGAUGCGGGUGUUGACGCUGACGCUGUUGCUAAGGAUAUAUUGCCGUCUCGACUCCCAGAUGAAGAAGUCACGAUGAUAUGGGUUCCUUCCUUUUACCAACCAUAAGAAUUGCAAAGUAAACAAAGACCAAGCCUUUACAUUCACACAACCUAGUAUUCUCGGCGUUAUUCAUGAAAUAGACGCAGAAAGAAAGAAGUCUUACUUGCUCGGAGUUCUCAAUCAUCAUAUGCAUUCGCUCUCGUGCUCGUUUGCUUCUUCCGUUUCCCCUUCAUCAACAUUUCAUCCCGCCAAAAUUCUAGACUUCUCUCCUUUCACACAUUCGUUUCAAUAUCCUAAACCUCUAUCUACAUUUGAAUCUUAUCAAAAAGAACUUCAUCUUGGUACCCGGAUACUCUAAUGCUUCGAGACUUCGACGUUCAAGCCAACUUUAUAUCCAUCGUUUCAUAGAAUUCCCUUCGAACCCACGUACGAGUACUUGUACCAUCUUCAAUAAAUAGCGGCCGGCAAACUCUUCAAGAACCCAAGUAGCACUGCAGUCAGAUUCUCGAGUUAGGAAACAGACGGCGUUACAUAAGAUUGGACUCUUUGAACUCCCAAAAAAGCACCAUACUGUUCCAUUUUGCUUAUUCUAAGAUAAGGAUUACGGACUUGCGUUUCCCCUGCAUUUAAUUCAGCAGCAUUGGAAUAGGGCCUGAUCGACAUUGGUACUGAACAUCGAUCUCUUGUCGAGAUACUUGAAGGAUCACGGUUGUUACUCGGAGCCUCGUCAGAACUAUUGGAGCCCUUUCCGAUUUCCUGAGUCGAUAUUGAAGAGACAUAAAUCUUCCUUCUCUACAGACGAUCGUGUCAAAUGCUUAGAUUGACUUGACUUGUGGUCCGAGAGAUUAGGCGUAUCUAGGAGUAUCUGCUUUCUCUCCUCAAUGGUGACUGAGAAAGGUUGUAAAUCCACGAAUUUGAAAGUUCAACACAAUCAACUGGACCGAUUGGGUGUUUUAAGUGAAGAGUGAAUCAUUUGUUAACAAAAUUGUCAACAAGCCCGGCCUUGAAGAUUCUCCGAGCCGAAUUGUUCUCCUACUCUUCAGACGGAAAAACUACUGUAGCAACCCUGCUUGCUGCUUGUCUCAACUUGAAGAUUUUACAAAAGACUCCCCAAAGGAACUAUGGCAUGAAAGAUUGUUGAUAACGUGUUCUUUGAAGAACCGAGCCCGCUCAUAACUCUUGUUCCUUGACUUGAUCACGGUACCUGAUCUAUGAUUCCUCUCUCAGUCGAUUCCCACCUAGAGUAAUUCACUCUUGAAGAACAGAUCUUGACAAACAGAGACUUUGAGCAAAAGCUAAGCCAUUCAUCAGAUAUUCCAAUAGGAACAUUCCGAGAUUCACUUUCUCUCCCCACUAGCGUCGAACUCCUCUUCUUCAACAAUUUGAACUUCUCAAUUUCGAAUUCCAAACUUCGAUCUUCCACUUUCUACCACACAACUAUCUUACAGCUUACGAGAAUCAACUAUUAAUUCGACCAGAUCCUGAGUGAUAGCAUGGAAUGAUUCUAGUAGUUCAUUUAUUACAACAUUGAACUAUAAUUUUGUACUAUUCUCUUGAAUUUAUCAAGUCAAAGCUAUUCGAGGGCCCCUCGAGUUGCGCCUUGUCUUCAAGAACUGAAACUACCUACUAGAAUCUACCGUCCCUGGCAUCAUCAAGUCUCAAACAACUUCCUACAAGCUCCCACCAAAACGACAAGUUCCAGAACUACUAUUCCCCACUCACAGCAAAAGUUAAUUUGAAAAUCCGUCAAGAUGUUAGGAGUUGGACCAAUGACAUACCAAGCACCACCAAAACCAAAAAAGCCGAAGUCUCAUACAAGAGGUGCAACAAUACCAGGAGCUUCAACACAAAGUUUCAUACCUAUCCCAUCGACACCGGGCUUAUCAUCAAACUUAUUCAGUGGAUAUGCCAAUGCACAAGUUCAACAAUCUUCUCAGACUCCUCCACUACCCUCAACCCCAUCACUGCAAACAACAGGCUCAUUCGACAGUAGUAAUUACCGCACUGGUCUCAGUGAUACUUCCACUGGUACAAAGAAGUCUGGUGGUUUCUUUCGACUAUUUAAGAAGGAUUCAAGAUCUGAUGGUACAAGAAGUAUUGAGGAUCUUCCCAGUCGAGGAAAGGCCUUGUAUAAUCGCAGUGAAGAUCCUUCUCCACUAGCCAUAGACCCUGAGCCAUUCGAUCCAAUCGAUGAAAUGGGUGUCUUGCCAACACCAGAUUUCAUUCGUCCCCUGCCAGGCCAAAGGCUCACUCCUCGAAGAGAGCCAAAUGCACUUUAUAAGAUGACAUUGAAUCCCCUUGCAAAUACACAAAUUGGAAGAGCCAGAGCUAGGGCUGCGGCUAGAUUGACUGAGUCAAUUUCUGAAGUUUCAGAGUCUGAUUGGCAAACUACCAAUGCUGGUGAUGAGGAAGAGUCGGCGAUAGCUGAUUCAUCAUCAUUCUACGAUGAAACUUCUCGUGAGUUCAAUGUGAUGAACCUUAAAGAACAACAGGAAUUUGUUGCCAUAGCAUCAGCGCCAACUGGUGACGAUGCUGCAAUCGCUGAAUGGAUCAACUAUCUUAAGUCAUACUCUAGCGGUUCUUUCAAUGUCUCAAAGCCUCCAUUUCCACCCCCACGUAACGCAAAGUAUGAUUUUCUGCCUGCCAUAUAUCCACAUGACGAAGGAACAAGAAUUGCAAAGCACCAUACCAUAAACGUGCCCUGGACUCCAGAAUUAGGUGGGAAGACUAUUGCUUUGAUGGAAGCAGCAGCAAAACGAUUUCGCCUCAAUAAUGCUUCUCUCAGUAUCUUUGAUGAACGUCAUGAGAUAUUGAAAGUUGAAGUUGGGUAUAAUCUCAUGACGCUGGAGCGCACCACAAGCAUUUCAGCCCAUGCUCUCUAUUCAGAGGACGUCUUCGUCAUCUUGGACACACAUCGGGAUUGGCGUUUUGCGAGAAGUCCAUGGGUCACUGGUCCACCUCAUAUCCGUUUUUUUGCCGGAGCACCUCUGAUCUCGGACUCUGGUGAAAUCAUUGGAGUCUUUUCGAUUUUUAGCAAAAACCCUAGAAAUGAGUUCGCUCGAGGAGACCGAAAAGAGCUGGCUGAAUUUGCAGCUAUUUCUGUCAAGGAUAUCUGUCUACAUAGUGAACGUGCGACUGACCCAGACUUGCGUCGUUCUCCUGUUGCACCAUCACCGAGGGAUACAAAAAUUAACUUGCUUCCAAAUCCACUUCAACUCCAGAAGCAACUGUCUCCUCUGGUCGCUCAUCCUGCUUACUUCCCCAUGGGACUUCAAUUUCAACAACCAAAUCCUUUGGCAAAGCAAACAGAUUCUUUGAGAGAGGGUGAGAAUGUUUCAGGGAAGGUAUCUCCUGAAUCCUCGAUUCGCGAUUCUGAAAUACUUUACAUGGCCGUUCCAGGACAUUACCGAAGCAUCUCUGCGGAGUCCUCAUUUCUUUCCCAGAAUUCGCCAGAAGCUUUCCGCCAGUAUCUGACUCCUACCCUACCCCAAAAUUUCCCAGGUUCGGAGGACCCUGAAAGUCGCCCCUACUCGACAAGCGAUCUGACAUCAAUGGAUUUGCCGCGAAAAAACACUCCAAAUGAUACUUUCUACUCUGAAGAUAGUUACAGUCACCAAUUUGACCUUGAUGGACCAGCAACUCCCAAACAGCAGAAGUUUGUCUUUCCAAAUACAAUCUACCGUAAUGUUGGUCCAUCAACCAGCGGAAUCUCCUUGAACAAUAGUUUUGGCCGCUUGUAUAUGGAAGGUGAUAGCAUAUUAGGAAGUACGUAUCAACAGGAGCUAUCGGAGCCGGAGGUUGCAACGCCAAGCACCUUGCUCUCUAGACCAUUUUCAUCAAUGAGUUCAACAUCGAUUGGAACCACCCUUUCCAGCCGAAUUGGUGGACCCAAUCAAGGUGAUGAGAAUGCUCCUCCCAACGCCCCUUGGUCAAAUAUGGCAGAAGCAGCUUUCUCAUGCUCCUUCAGUGGCAGGCAAUUUGGGUUUGAUCAAGUAUAUGCUGUUCAAGUUGAUUGUCCGUAUCCUGGUAUUUCGGAUCGAGACUUGCUGGGACCGAAUGGUCUUAAAUUAAAAAUCUUGGCAUCUUAUGGUCUUCCUUACGGCUAUGAGUCUGAGCUUAACAACAAUUUGUCUUUGAAGACAGCUUUCUUGAACGGCUUGCGCACCAACGAGUCACGCUAUACCUGGACCCCAGACGAGGCACCACAAACACAAGAAGAGGGAGCUCAAUUAAAGUUCGGUAUUUUAAUGCCACUUUGCCCCGUUGACCAGACCAGAUCUCGUGAUCAUGGUAUAGUUUACGCCAUGUUUAGGAAGGCGAAUGCGUCGUCACACAACAAUCUUCAGCCAGAUGAGGUAGAUACACAUGGAUUAGACCUUGCAGCUAUUUCAAUGACAGUUCUCCUCUUUAAUCUUGAUAUUACGGAUGUUGAAACCCAAUUGCUUGCGAAGCAGAAGGCACCAAGACAGGGUACUCCAACAAUCAUCGGUGCUACUGAAGUUGGCCAGAUCUACUAUAGUAGACGCUCAACUUCGAAUUACAGCAAGCAUUCCUCUUUUUGAUCUGGUUAAUCUCUUGAGAAAUGCUUCCAGGAUUACAAAAACCUUGUUUUCAUUUGAUCUGAUCUUCAUUGAUUGGCCACUCGGUGUUCACAAUGUUCAAAGGAAUCGCUGGCUCACUUUCUUAGCCGGUUUUACGAUUAAAAAAUUACUUACAUUUCGAUUUCACAUAUUUUCAAAUGGACAUCACAUUUACUGUCUUUAUUGCAAAUGCAUACGGUCUCUCUUACAGAUUUCUUUUUUUUUUUUCAAAAGCCUGUUUUUAAUUUAUGAGUAUCCACGACGGCGUUGUUGUUUUUAUGGAAGGGUGGGCAAUUCGGAGAAAAAGGGCAAAUAGAUGAUUUGAUUGGCAGCCAAAUUGAAUCUAACCAGCUCGGAACAAAGCCAACUCGAAAUGGAGUGAGGAGGAAAGGGUGAAUAUGAUCCAAAAAGACACCAAGGUCGGCGUUGUGGGAAGUGAAUGAAGGAGUGGAUGGGAAUUUAAAUAUGGUACCUAUUGCAGGCUGCUAGGCAAUUGAUGUGGUGGUAAUUACAGGUAUGACGGAACUCGACAAAAGCAGCUACAAUGGUCUCGAAAAUGGUUGGCAAGAUUUGCUGAUCUACUUACUUUAUUUUACAUCUCCAUUGCUUGAUAUGGAUUGAUGCAUGCAUGAAACCUCGAAGCCGGAUGGAUCGUCUGCUCUUGUCAUUCACUAAGCACGUUCUUCGCAUUGAAGCUGAUGAAUGGCAGUCAUUGGCGGAUGUGCUUUGCAUGUGGAUUGUUAUAUGACAUGGUGGAUGAGUGGGCUAUUUGCCAGUUGUAAGGUAGAUAAGAGAGAAUCAACGGAAAUGA